GGUCACAUGACACUGACGUCAUCAAACGUCCUCCGCUGAUGUUUAGCAAUAACAGACUGUGGAACCGGUAGACAGAUUUACAGGAACCGUCGGCGCUGAGUCAGCGAUCUGCAGUCAUGGAUUACUGGAUACGAUUGUGAGGAACCCGUGUAACACGGGAGGAGACAAUGGCUUUUCUGGACAAUCCCUUAAUUAUCUUGGCCCAUAUCCGUCAAUCACACGUUACUAGCGAUGACACAGGGAUGUGUGAGAUGGUUCUUAUUGACAAUGAUGUGGACUUGGAGAAACUUUAUCCAUCUUCAGUGUCGGGAGAGAACAUCUCACAGACACAAGGGAAUGGAGAGACUCAAAGCUACAUAUACUCUCAGUCUGUGGAUAUUACGUCCAGCUGGGAUUUCGGUAUAAGAAGGAGAUCAAACACAGCUCAGAAACUGGAGCGUCUUCGGAAGGAGAGGCAGAAUCAGAUCAAGUGCAAGAACGUACAGUGGAAGGAUCGCAACACGAGCCACUCAGCUGAGGAAUUGAGUUCAUUGUUUGAAAAGAAAAACGUCAGGGAAAAAUCGCCACAUAGCGGGAAGCCGUCCAUAUUGUCCGUGCGCUUGGAGCAGUGCCCAUUACAGCUGAACAAUCCCUUCAAUGAAUACUCCAAGUUUGAUGGCAAGGGCCACGUGGGUACCACUGCCACCAAGAAGAUAGAGGUGUACCUCUCAAUGCAAGCUAGCCAGGACAAGAUACUGCCCAUGACAGUGGUGACCAUUGCCAAUGCCAAGGUCCAUGACCUCAUCGGUCUCAUCUGCUGGCAGUACACCACCGAAGGACGGGAGCCAAAGCUGAAUGACAACGUGGACUCGUUCUGCCUGCAUAUUGCCGAGGAUGACGGAGAGGUUGACACAGACUUCCCCCCUCUUGAUUCCAAUGAACCCAUUCACAAGUUUGGUUUCAGCACCCUGGCUCUUGUAGAGAAGUAUUCAUCCCCUAACCUGGCAGCUAAGCAGUCACUAUUUGUAAGGAUAAAUGCAGCUCAUGGAUUCUCCUUGAUUCAAGUUGACAGUACGAAUGUGCCGAUGAGGGAGAUCUUAGAGAAAGCUCUGAAAAGAAGAAAAGGCUCACAGAGGAACUCGGGCCCUCAGUAUCGACUAGAGAAGCAGAACCAGCCAAACGUGCCUGUGGAUCUUGAUAGUACACUGGAAAGUCAGAAUUCCCUGGAGUUCUGCCUGGUCAGAGAGAACAGUUCAAGAGGAGAAGAACCGCCAGAGGAAGAGACACAGAUUGACAUAGCCACUGUGCAGGAUAUGCUGAGCAGCCAUCACUAUAAGUCCUUCAAGGUCAGCAUGAUUCACAGGCUGAGGUUCACCACAGAUGUCCAACUAGGGAUCUCCGGUGAGAAGGUCGAGAUUGACCCAGUGACAAAUCAGAAGACUAGCACAAAAUUUUGGAUUAAGCAGAAGCCAAUUUCUAUUGACUCAGACUUGCUUUGUGCCUGCGACCUCGCGGAAGAGAAAAGUCCAAGCCACGCGAUGUUCAAGCUGACCUACCUCAACAACCACGAUUACAAGCAUCUGUACUUUGAAUCGGACGCAGCCACUGUUAACGAGAUUGUCUUAAAGGUUAAUUACAUUCUGGAGUCCCGGGCCAGCACAGCUCGGGCAGAUUACUUUGCUCAGAAACAGAGGAAACUGACCAGGAGAACCAGCUUCAGCUUUCAGAAGGAGAAGAAACCAAGCUAGAUGGGAGGCCAAGAUACAAGAGAAGAAAAAGACUAGGUGGACACAUGGAGCCUCAGUUCUGGCCGGCCAGAGAGCCUCCUGCAUUCUAAUGGAGAGAGACUGAUGAAUUGUGGCUAUGAGGAUUUAUCACUAGUACCAAGCUGUUAUCAUUAAUCUAUAUACAGAGAAUUAUCUCGCCCAACCCCAUGUCCCCCUUUUUGGACCUUUAUGUCUGUGUGAACAGGCUCCCCCUAUUGCAACUUAAUUAACUUUUACAACUUUGUAGCCUUGUUUUACUGAAAUAUUGACUAUUCAGGCCACCCCAUAAACUGAAUGCACCCCUACAGAAUCCUCUUCAAAAUACUGUUGUAGAAGAGGGGGUAUAUGCUGGACUUCGUUUAAUUUCCUUAAAGGAUACAUUUGCACAAUCGCUUGUGUUCAGUUUAACAGAACCGGGCUGUGUGGAUUUUCUUAUCCUGGAUCGGCUUUUUAAAAUAAAGAAGGCUAGAACGUG